CAGAGGGCAUUAUUACUUAAAUUGUUACUCCUACCCUUAGAAUAAUUUUUAUUUUCAUUAAUAUUUGAUAAAAUAAAAUAGAUACUUACAUGGGUAGUGGAGCAUCUUUGCACAGGAAACGACGUCGUUUUCUGUUCUGCUUCCAUCCGGAAUUUCGACCCACCCAAAUUUCUGGCCUGGAAGCAAAGAAGCGAAUGAAAUGGCCGCUCACUGCGUCUCCAUAGCCACCGCUGCUACCGCCGGAAUCUACGAAUUCCGGCGGAGUAAGUCCGUCAAACUCGCCGCAGAGGUUUUAAACUUCCCAUGGAAUGGCGAUCCGAUCCGAAUUCCACUCCAAUCCACCAGUUUCGGACCCUUUCUUCCAAAGCGUUCGCUCAUCAAAGCAUCUGUCUCCAUCAGCCUCCCAUCUUCGAAUGCAGAUGGAGCUGUCUCUCCGAAGAAUCUUCCCGAUCGUAGAUGGUCAUCGAAGGCAAUUAAGUCGUUUGCAAUGUCUGAACUGGAAGCAAGGAAACUCAAAUAUGCCACAACUGGGACGGCAGCGCUACUCAUGGGUAUUCUAAUUGAGGGAACAAGUUUUGCUUCAAAGUAUUUGUGGGCCAUUGGUAUUACCCUUCUCAAAGUGCGCGAAGAAACCAUUAAGGUUUGUGGGAAAGCAAGCUAUUAUACAUCUUGUCCCGAGCAUCCUCCUUUGACGGAAGAUGCAGAGAAAGCUCUUGAUUGGGCUCUCAGCAACGAAGCCAAAACUGGUGGAGAUGGAGAGAUUACAACAACUCAUUUGCUACUCGGAAUUUGGUUGCAAGAGGGGUCACCGGGUCACAAGAUCAUGGCUUCUCUAGGCUUCAACAAUGGAAAAGCUCAAGAGUUGAAGGACUUGAUUUCUAAACCUGGCUUUAAUGAGGACUAGUGGUUGAUCAAGGCUGCCUGCUAUUGAGGUUUGUUCAUUUACCAUUUUACCCUUCACGCCCCCCCAGUACUGGGCUUACACUUCACAUAUUAAUGAACAUGUCCAGAAAUGUAUGAUUUGCAUGAGAGUAACCAAUGCUGGCUGGUGUUCCUUUUUCGUUAAUCUGUAACUCGCGAUUUCUUGAAGAAUUGAAGAUGAAACUCGACUUUUCUAGUCGAUUUUACUCAUUCAAUGAGGGCAAGGUUUGCGUGCACGCACCCUCCCCAAACCUUACUUCUUGUGGGACUUUACCGGGUUUGUUGUCGCUGUCGUAGUUUGAUUAGGUUGGUUCGAUUCUUAAAUAAUGCAAAAUUGAGAAACCAAGAGGUAAAGUUGGGUUCGGUCGUGUUUGGCGAGUUUGGGUUGGGUU